AUGAAUUUGAGCGGUAAUACACCUGAACUUCCGCCUACUUUUACCGAAGGAGCUCGACCCCGCAAACUCUUCUUAGGGCUCAUCCUUGGCGCUGCCAAGAGCCUAUUUAGCCCCAUCGUUACUGCAGUAGGAGGUCUGCUAGGCGGAGGUCAGCCGAGUCCUCCUCCUCCUCCACCACCACCCCCUCCGCCCACACCUCCAGAGCAAGAUGAAACAUACAAAAGACGUUCUAGGCGCAGGCGACGCAAUCGUUCACGUUCUUACGACGAUUCGGAUGACUCAGAUUCUGACAGCGAAGACGGGGGAUUUCGAUGGGGACGCCGGCGGCGAAGGUCCAGGAGACCCCGCACGUCAGAUGAUGACGAUGAUCAGACGGACAAGGAAACGGACGCACCUGACGAUGAAACCGGGAAGGGGGAAAGUGAAAAGCCAUCAGCCGAUGGUGCCAAAAUCGAAGAUACCAAGGAUGAAAGUAAGGGAGUAAAGUCAGAUGAGCAGAAUGACGUAAAGACGGAUGACGGUAAGGAUACGAAGCCGGAUGACCAGCAAGACAUAAAAUCUAAUGAAGGUAAAGAUGUCAAACCAGAUGAAAACAAAGAUGCUAAACCGGAAGAAAAUAAGGAUCCCCAAACUGAUGCGGGUAAAGACGGUAAAGCGGAGGAAAACAAAGAUGUCAAGUCUGAUGAUACCAAAGAUGCGAAGUCGGAUAAGACUAAAGACGGUAAGUCUGAGAAAAAUAAGGAUGUCAAGGUUGAUGAUACCAAAGAUGCGAAGUCGGAUAAGACUAAAGACGGUAAGUCUGAGGACAAUAAAGAUACCAAGCCAGACGAAUGUAAAGAUUCUAAAGGAGAUGGAAAGAACGAUGUUAAAGCUGAAGAAAUUAACGAUAUAAAACCGGGAAAAACGAAGGACGCGCAGCCUGAGGUAACUACGGACGUCAAGGCUGAUGACGGUAAUGAUGUUGAGACAGGGGAACAGAAGGGAGUUAAACCUGAUGACGGUAAAGACAAAGAUCCAAACGAGUCUGUUGAAGUGAAAGAUGCUCCAAAGCCCUAA